UCCACAACCAUCUCUUUUGCAUGAAUAGAAGUUUGUCCUCCAAGAUGGAUUCAACUUUGGUUCCUAGCAAUGGUGAUAGAGAAUUAAUUUUCAGAUUCGUAGAAGAUUUAUACAGAGAAAUCAAGGCAGCUAAUUGGGAUUUCAUUUUUAAUGAAUAUGAGAAAAAUUUUAAAUGGGUUCACAGUGCUGUGUUGAUCAAGAUGUUAGGUGGAACGGUAUUGCAUUUAGCUGUCUCCGACGGCGUAGAAAAUAUUGUCGAGAAACUUGUAACAAUAAUUUGUAACAAUAUUGACGAGCAGAAGAAUGCUCUAAAAAUAAAAAACAAGCAAGGGAAUACCCCUUUGCAUGUGGCAGCAUCAACAGGGAGUCUGCGGAUGUGUAUCUGCAUUGCUGAAGCUAAUCCGUCAUUGGGGAAUGAACGUAACAAGGAGGGUGAGAGCCCUCUCUUCUUGGCCGCUCUUCUUGGUAGAACAGACAUCUUCCUUUGCCUCCAUUACAUCUGUAAAAGCCACCUAGACACAUCCUACUAUAGAAAAAAUGGUGGUGAGACUAUUCUACAUUGUGCCAUCAAGAGGGAGUGUUGGGAUCUGGCAUAUCAGAUACUUGACCAAGGACAACUUGCUACCUUUAUGGACGAGAGAGGAAUAUCGCCUCUCCAUCUCUUAGCAAAUAAGCCUUCCGCCUUCAAAAGUGGUUGCCGCCUUGGAUGGUGGAGCAGCAUAAUUUAUUAUUGUAUAGCGGUUGAUGUGCCCAAAAGAAUCGACCCGAGCAGAUUGAUUAAAAAAUGCACAGAAGAAGAAACAAAACACAAAUUCAUUCAAGUUGGACCCUUUGCUGAAAGUGAAGAUCAUAAGCAUUAUUCAUUUUGGAAAUAUUGUUCGCCCCCCUUUAUGAUUAUCACAUUUGUUAUCAGUGCAAUAUGGCGCAUUCCUGGAUUUGGUGCAAUAUGGCACAUUCUUGGAUUUGGGGAUAUAAAGAAGAUUAAAGAGACGCACAUGUUGCCCGAUUUGAUCAUCAAAACUGUUAUCAGAUCUACAAUCCAGGGGCAGUACUUCGAUAGAAGGACGAAUCCAUUGCUAACUGAAGAAACAGAUGCAUUCGAGGUUAUUGAAGAAGUUAUUGAAGAAUAUUGGAAGGAUGACGAGACACCCAUAUUGUCUGCGGCAAAAAACGGCAUCUUAGAAAUGGUUGAGAGAAUACUAUGUUAUUUUCCGAUGGCUAUACAUGACGAAAAUAGAGAUGGAAAAAAUGUAGUACUGUUGGCAGCGCAGUACAGACAAACACAAGUAUACGAGCUACUCCGAAAGACAAAUUUACGGAAAGAAAGCAUUUUUCAAAAACUGGAUAAAAAUGGGAACAGUGCACUGCACCUUGCAGCCACGCUAGAAGAGCAGAAGACUGGGCUAAUUCCUGGGGCUGCAUUGCAAAUGCAAUGGGAGAUCAAGUGGUAUGAGCACAUAAAGGACUCCAUGCCACCAGGCUUCCUUCAUCUCUCCAACAAUGACGGCGAAACCCCAGGGGAGAUCUUCAUGAAUACCCAUAAAAAACUUGUGGAAGAGGGUGGGAAGUGGCUAAGCGACACAUCGAAUGCAUGCUCAAUUGCAGCAGGUCUCUUUGUCACAGUUGCCUUUAACAUGUCAACCACCGUGCCUGGUGAUGUGGAUGACAACGGCUAUCCCCGCCUCGAAAAACAGCUGGCAUUUAAUAUUUUCGCUAUCUCAUCCUAUAUAUCCUUCUAUUCUUCGCUAUUAGCAGUCAUCAUGUUCCUUGCAAUCCUCACCUCCGGCUACAAAGAAAGCAGUUUUCGUAGUACCCUACCAAUGAAGCUUUUGUUGGUUUUAACAGCGUUCUACGUGUCUAUAGCAUCUACCGCAAUAUGUUUUUCUGCAGCACACUUCCUCAUUCUAAGAGAAAAACUGAAAUCUGCAGCCUUUCCAUCAUAUUCAUGGGCAGUCCUGCUGCUAAUAUUCUUUGCUAUAGCAGGGUUUCCGGUAUAA